UUGCAGGGAACAGAUUCACAGCUAGUGUAUUUUAUGAUGUUUCAAAGAGGUCCAGAGGCCUUUGUUCAAGCGACAUGCCAAGCUCUCACUAGCCUCAGGAGCAACGGAAGCCCAUCUGAGUACCUUUUACACUCUGCAUCUGAUAUGUUCGCCACAAAAGUUACUGCCCUCGAGAGAAUGCAACGCUGUCUGGCUGUUUUUCUUUCUAAGGUAUAUUCUGAAGUUGAUACAUGCAGAGAUAAAUUAACGGAAAGUUCAGAUCAAUCACUGUGUACACUGAUCGCGGCUUUGGACAUUGUCUUCCGCGAAUUGGAGGACUCUUUUGGAAACGCUGGCGAUGGUCAAAUUGUAGCAACACAUGACGGAAACGUACCUAUGCGUCUCUUCAAAAGUUUGCCACAAGUUCAUGUUGGGAGUUCAGACGCUGUAACAGAAAGCGCUAUAAGUUUAAUCUAUGAAAACUUGCAGGGGCUGGAUAGUUUUGUUUCUUCUGAGAUUUCAAGCCAUAGAAAGCCACGAAAUAUUACCAUAUACUGGUUACCCUACACAUUUGGAGCAAUCGGCCUUUCUGCAUGUUCUCUGUGGCUUUUACGCCAUAGUAGCUUGAUGGGAAGUUCUGACAUGGACAACUGGAUUCAUGAUGCUAAGGAGUCGGCUGCUAGAUUUUGGGAUGUGAAUGUUGCAAAACCGACCAUUUCCAUUAGAGAUUUGCUUCUCGGGGUAUUCAAGUGCACAGAUAAAUGUGGAGUGAGAAAACUUGAGGCCCAAUCGACUGCAGAAUCAUUGCGAAGGAUGUUACUUGCCUUCUCUGAGCAAACUUUGAAUGAAGAACAGCCACAAGAUGCAUCAGAGCAAGCUUUGAUGGACACUGUCAUGAAGAGAUAUGAGGAGGAGCUGAAGCAUCCAGUUCGAAACAUGUUCAGUGGAGAAUUAGCCCGUACCAUGCUUAUUGAGAUCCAGAAGCAUAGACUAGAUCUUGAGCAGUCAUUGGUGGAAUUGGAUCGUAUUGUGAAGGCAAAUCGGAUAAAUCUUGCUAUGCUUGCAGCUCUGCCUACAUUUGGUCUUUCUCUUCUGCUGCUCAGUCCAGUACGAGCAUUGGCUGUGCAUGUCCAAGGUGCAGAAAGGAAAGGCAGGAUUGCAAGGCGUCAGGGAAGGCUGCUUCUCAUUCAGGCUGAGCAAAAACUUAUGGAGUUCAUGAGAUGCAAAGAUAAUGAAAUGGAUGAAGAGGCGUGCUUUAAUUUUGGAUUGGCAGUGUACGCGCUUGACAGACUAUACAAUGCUGUUGAGUUUCAUGCUCGGGGAACAGACGAGUGGUUUAGAGUUAGAGAAGACAUUUUUCAGCUGGCAAUGCCUAGCACGGGAAUGCAGCGUAAGAAGAAUAUUUUAUCGCGACUGGAUUCGAUGUACGAAUGCCUAUUUCCACUGCAACAUCUGUAAAUCUCUUAUUUAUCAGGCUUUGGUCGAGCAGUGAUUCAGUUAACUUACCUGUAAAUUAUACCGUGAAAAAUCUGCUACUUAUAUUGUGCUAGAACACGUGAAGAUUUUAACGUGAAUGCUUGUGACUUUGUGA